UCAGAGGGCAGUACCGCAGUCUCACCCCGCGCCUGCGCAGAAAGUGGGCCGCUUUCGCCUGGAGACGCCCCCAACCUGGGCGCGUACCCGGCUGGUAAAUGACCAGAAAUGAAGUUAUUCAUGCAGUGCCUCUGUGGCUGUGAAUUUAGUAACACAAAAUGAAGCAGAUUAAAUUUGAAAUCAUCUGGAUUGUGUUUGCAUUAGCUUACUUGUGUUCAGUGCAAGCUGCAGAACACAUAGAUAUGGCCAAACAUGUGAUCAAAUUGCACAGAGGGAGAGGGGCUGCAGUCACUAAAGGGAAGCUCUGGAUUAUGGACAAUUGUAAGAGGCUGUCUGGAAUGCUUCACCAAAAGAAUGUAGUGAUCAACAAAAUGAAGAAAGCAAUUGAAACAGUAGAGAAGGAUUCCAGACUGUCUGUAGAAGAAAAGAUCUUCCAGAUUCACACCUUUGAGACUUUUCAAAAAGAGUUGAAUGAAAGUGAGAAAUCAGUGUUCCAGGCUGUCCAUGGGCUUGAGAGAGUUCUUCAGGGGGACUACAAAGAUAUAGUAAACAUGAAAGAAAGCAGCAAACAACGCCUUGAAGCCUUAAGAGAAGCUGCUAUUAAGGAAGAAAAAGAAUAUGUUGAGUUAUUGGCUGCCGAGAAACACCAAGCCGAGGUGCUUAAAAAUACUCAGCAUGCAAAUAAAAGCUUAUCAAUCCUUGAUGGAAUUCUCGAGGACGUGAGGAAGGCUGCUGAUCGUUUGGAGGAGGAGAUUGACGAUCACGUCUUUGACAACAACAAACUGAUACACGGUGGAAAUUUUGAAGCAGUCAUCAGGGUUGAAGAGGUUGAAGAAGACCAUAAACAGAACACUUCCAUGCAUGAGGUGCAUGAUGGUUUGGGGUUGAGCAUGCUCAUUGACUCUCAGAACAACCAGUAUAUACUGACAAAACCAAGGGACUCAACCAUCCCCAGAGCUGAUAUCCAUUUUAUAAAGGAUAUAAUAUCCAUUGUAGUAUUAUCUCUGCCAUGUGCCUGGAUUUGUACUCUGAUGGGGCUUCCUACGAUGUUUGGUUAUAUCAUUUGUGGAGUGCUGUUGGGUCCUUCAGGACUAAACCAGAUCAAGUCUAUUGUGCAAGUGGAGACUCUUGGUGAAUUUGGAGUAUUUUUCACUUUGUUUUUCGUUGGUCUCGAGUUUUCUCCUGAUAAACUCAGAAAGGUCUGGAAGGUUUCCUUGCAAGGUACUAAUUACGUGACAGUCCUGAUGGUUGCAUUUGGAUUAUUCUGGGGCUAUCUGUUGAGAAUUAGGCCAACACAAAGUAUAUUUAUUUCUACAUGCUUGUCUCUAUCGAGUACCCCUUUGGUGUCCAGAUUCCUUGCUCUUGGUGCCAGAGAAGAGAAAGAAGGGGAUGCGGAUUAUAGCAGCAUAUUGCUUGGAAUGCUGGUGAUGCAGGAUGUUCAGCUGAGUUUAUUCAUUGCCGUGAUGCCCAUGCUGAUUCAAGCAGGCAAUAGCACUGCUAACAGUUUAAUAUUAGAGCUGCUGAGGAUUUUCGCUCUUAUUGGUCAAGUUCUGUUUUCGUUGGCUGCAAUUCUUUUGAUGUCUCUUGUGAUAAAGACUUAUCUCAUUGGACCAUUUUACAGAAAACUACACACUGAGGCAUACUCUGCUCCAGCCACCACUGACAACAAGAAGCCUAAAGGCCAACCAAGCAAGAUCUUGGGAGCAGACUAUUUCCCUUUAGAAGUUCAUAAGCCUGAUGAAGAGGUAACUGAAAUGCUCAACAUCUCCAUGGAACUUGGUUGUUUCUUGGCUGGGGCAUUAAUUUCAUCACAAGGCCACAUGGCUACAGAGGAAGUGAUGUACUGUAUGGAACCUAUUCGGGAUUUUCUGGCCAUCAUUUUCUUUUCCUCAGUUGGUCUACACGUGUUCCCAACAUUUGUGCUUUAUGAACUGACUGUCCUAAUGUGCCUUACACUGACUGUGGUGGUAUUUAAGUUUAUCUUAGCAGUUCUUGUCCUCUCUCUGAUUCUCCCAAGAAACAGCAGGUACAUCAGAUGGAUAGUUUCUGCUGGUUUAGCGCAAGUCAGUGAGUUUUCUUUUGUUCUGAGUAGUCGGGCCCGUAAGUCGGGGAUUAUAUCUCGAGAGGUGUACCUUCUCAUUCUCAGUGUCACUACUUUAAGCCUUUUACUUGCCCCUGCAUUGUGGAGAGGAGCAAUUUUGAAAUGUGCACCAAAACCAGACAGGCGAUUCACCACGUGAUGGGAUAUAGAUAAUACGGUCCAUUCACUUCACUUGUUAAAUGUUGGAGGUCGCUGCCUCCAGCUGUUCUCAGUUUCCUUAAGAGACUUCUUGUAGAAAGCUCUACCAAUAGAAGUACGGAAGUUGGUUUCCCUGGCUUUCCCCUGCCUUUAAGGUGACAACUGGAAAGGCAAAAGUCACUUUGAAUCUACAGCUGGAACAUUUCAUGCUGCUUCAUAUUCCUCAUAUUUGAUUAAAGAAAUGGACUUUUGGAGCAAAAUUACACUGAAAUGUGCUGAAGUUUAUAAUAUACUUUGUGGAAUACCAAUUAAGGGAAGCAAGAAGACAUAUUUUUGAUAAGUGUGUAUUCAUUUUUAGGUGCUAGUGAUGUUUUCAUUGGGAGGUGGCAGAACUACAUUCACUUACUCAGUGUACAUUCCAGACGGGCUUAAAUUCAUGUUCCACAGGCUUCUUGAACUACUUGAAUUUAAAGUUGUUGCCUGUAUCAUGUCUAAUCGCUACCUAAUUGUCUGCCUUGAUUGCAUUUCAAAAGGUGCCCUUCAGAUCUCGGUAUAACUUUCUACUCCUAUCUCUUGCUACCUAUAGUGUAUGCUUAAUUUAAUGUAUAAUUGUCUCCCAGAGUCCUUACUAGUCAUUCCUAAAUACUGUGAAGAGCUAAUGGCCUGGUAUAGAUAUCUAGGAAUACUGCAGUUUGUAUCUCACUAAUUGAUAAACAGAUCCAUUACCCCAACUUUCUGAGUCCUGUCAUCUAACCUCUUUACAACCCAAGACACUGAGGCUUAUUGUGAAAUCCAUACAUUGUAAAGUUCCAUGCAAAGGAGCCUUUUUUGGCAAACAUAGCUAACUUUUAUAGAGUCAUAGAACACAGCACAGAAACAGGCCCUUUGACCCACCUAGUCUGUGGCAAACCAUUAAUCUUCCUAGUCCUGUCAACUUGCACCUGGAUCAUAGCCCUCCAUAGCCUUCCCAUCCAUGUACUAUACAGAUUUCUCUGAAAUGGUGAAAACAAGCUUGCAUCAACCACUUGCUCUGGCAGCUCAUUUCACACAUUCACCACCCUCUGAAGAAGUUCCCUCUCAUGUUCCCCUUAAAAUUUCACCUUUAACCCGUGACUUCUAGUUGUAGUCCCAUCCAAAAAUGCCAUGGAAAAAGCCUGCUUGCUUUUACCCUAUUUAUACCCCUCAGAAUUUUGUAUACCUCCAUCAAAUCUCCCCUCAAUCUUCUACAUUCUAGAGAAUAAAGUCCUUUUCAGUCUUUCCCUAUGAUUCAGGACCUCAAGUCCUAGCAAUAUCCUUGUAAAUUUUCUCUACACUCUUUCAGUCUUUCCUGUAAAUACAAUAGGUGACCAAAAGUGCGCACAGUACUCCCAAGUUAGGCUUCACCAACGUCUGAUACAAUUUCCUGUACUUAGUACAUUGAUUUAUGAAAGCCAAUGUAACAAAUCUACCUAGGGAUCAGUGCUGGGUCCUUUGUUGUUUGUCAUCGAUAUCAGUGCUCUGGAUGAUAAUGGGAUAAGCUGGAUCAGCAAUCUACCUAUGACACCACAGUCAAGAAAUUAUGGACCUCUAUUCCCAGAUCCCUUUGUUCUACAGCACUCUUCAGUGCCCUACCAUUCACUGUGUAAGACCUACUCUGCACCGAUUUCCCAGUCUCAUACUUGCCUGCAUUAAAUUCCAUCUGCCAUUUUUAAGCUCAUUUUUCCAGCUGGUGCAGAAGCCACCGCAAGCUUCGAUUGUCUUCACUGUCCACUACACGCCCCAAUAUUGGUGUCAUCCACAAAGUUGCUGAUCCAGCUUAUCCUAUUAUCAUCCAGAGCACUGAUAUCGAUGACAAACAACAAAGGACCCAGCACUGAUCCCUGCGGCAUGCUAAGAGUCGUGGGCCUUUAUUUAGAGGGGUAACAAUUUACUGCCAUUCUGUGGCUUCUCCCAUGAAGCUAAUGUCUAAUCCAAUUUCUUACCUCAUCUUGAAGGUCAAAGAAAUGGAACCUUCUUAACUAAUUUCCCAUGUGAGACCUUGUCAAAGGCCUUGCUAAACAACAUCCACUGCCUUGCCUUCAUCAAAUUUCCUGCUAAGUUCCUUGAAAAACUCUUUAAGAUUGGUUAGUCAAAGCUUAGCAGGCACAAAGCCAACUUGACUAUCCUGAAUCAGUCCCUGUCUAUUCAAGUACUUACAUAUCCAUUCCCCAAAAAUACCUUCCAAUAAUUUUUCCACUAAUGUCAGGCUCACCGGCCUGUAAUUUCCUAGUUUAUCCUUAGAACUGCUCUUAAACAGCAGAGCAACAUUAGCUACCCUCAAAUCCUCUAGCAUCUCACCCAAGGCUAAAAAUGUUUUAAAUAUCUCUACUAGAGCCCCGGCAAUUUCUGCACUAACCUCCCACAGGAACCAGGGGAAACCUUGUCAGGCCCUCGGGAUUUAUUCACCUAAUUUGCCUCAAAACACCUCCUCUAUUGUAAUCUCUAUAGGGUCCAUGAAUAUGAUGCCACUUUGCCUCACUUCCAUCUCUCGAGUAAAUGCAGAUGCAAAAUAUCCAUUUAAGAUCUCCUCCUCUCUAUUGGCUCCUUGAAUAAAUUACUACUAUGAUCUUCCAGAGGACCAAUUUUGUCCCUUGUUAUCCUUUUGCUCUUAAUUUAUCUGUAGAAGCCCUUGGGAUUCUCCUUCACCUUGUCUGCUAGAGCAACUUAUGCCUUCUUUUAGCCCUCCUGAUUUAUUUCUUAACUGUUCUCUUGCAUUUCUUACUCCUCAGUACCUCAUUCUUUUCUGCCUGCCUACACCUGCUAUGCACCUCCUCUUUCCUAACCAGAGCAUUAAUAUCUCUCAAACCAAGGUUCCAUAAACCUUGUAUCCUCACCUUUUUAUUCUGACAAGAAUGCACAAACUCUGUACUCUCAAAAUUUCACUUUUGUAAGCCUCCUGCUUACAAGUACACCUUAUCAGAAAGCAGUCUGUUCCAAUCUACACCUGCCAGAUUCUUUCUAAUACCAUCAAAAUUGGUUUUGAUCGAAAUCUUAACUGGAAGACCAGACUUAUCAUUUUUUACUUUGAAACUAAUGGCAUUAUGAUCACAAGAUGCAAAGUGUUUGCUUGCACAAACUUCUGUCACCUGCUCUGCCUUAUUUGCUAAUAGGAGACCUAGUCUGUCUAGUUUGGACUAUUAUGUGCUGAUUAAAGGAACUUCCCUGAACAAAUCUGAUAAGCUCUUUCUCAUCCCGCCCUUUUACAGUAUAGGAGUCCAGUCAAUGUGGAAAGUUAAAAUCAUGUACCAUCACAACCUUCUUUCUUGCAGCAGUCUGUGAUCUCUCUCUAAAUUCUGCUGUUGGGUGGUGUGUAAUAUAAUCACAUUAAUGUGGACUAUACCCUUUUUAUUCCUCAGUUCUACCCAUAAAGCUUCACUAGAUGAGUCUGUCCUGACUGAGCACUGCCAUGAUAUUUUCCAUACCAGUAAUGCCACCCCUCCCACUCUGUCACUUCUAAACCAAUGGAGCUGCCAGUCCUGUCCCACUUGUGAACAAGUCUCACUAAUGGCUGCAGUACCAUAAUUCCACUUGUUGAUCAUCCGUCUUUCCUACAAUACUCGUUGCAUUAAAGUACACACAGCUCAGGAUAUUAGUCCUACUGUUUGAUUCCUGACUUUGUAUGUAGGAGUUACAACAUCUUUCUCCACAACCACUCCACUGUGUUCUGGCACUCGGAUUCCCAUCCCCAUACAGCUCUAGUUCAAACUCUCCCCGCCCCUCCCCACCCCCAAUGCAGCACAAGCAAACCUUCCCACAGGAUAUUGUUCCCCUGAAGUUCAGAUACAAGCCACCUCUUCUGAAUAGGUCUCAACUUCCCUGAAAGAGAGCCCAGUGAUCCAAAAAUCUGAAGCCCUCCCUCCUGUGACUUUAGCCAUGUGUUAGACUAUAUGAUCUUCUUAUUUCGGCCUCACUAGCACGUGACAUGGGUAGCAAUUCUGAGAUCACAACCCUGGAUGGCCUGUCCUUUAACUUAGUACCUAACUCCCUGAACUCACUUUGCAGGAUCUCAUCACCCCUCCUAUCCAUGUUAUUGGUGCCAAUGUGGACCACGACCUCUGUUUGCUCACCUUCCCACUUAAGAAUGUUGUGGACUUGGUCUGAAAUAUCCCUGACCUUGGCAUCCGGAAGGCAACAUCUUGGAAUCUUGUUCUCAACCACAGAACCUACUUGCUGUUCACAGAACCAAUAAAUUCCCCUAUCACUUAAGCUCACUACUUCUUUUCUCCCACCCCACCCCACUUCCCUUCUGGUCCACAGUGCCAGACUCAGCUGUUUUGUUUCUUGGUACUGUUUUUAAACAUCUUGACACACAAUUCAAGGCUGUGUGGAGCUGGAGUGCAGAUGGGGCAGGGAGAUGCCACUUUCUACCUGACCACACUCAUCCACUGUAUCUGAAUGGUUACUUUAGACUGGUUCUAAACAAGAUCUAGCUCAUCCCUCUUCUUCCCCCCCCUCCUCCACCACCUUACCUUAAUAAUGAAAUUAUUUGGGCCACUCUGUUUUUUUUUGUUGAUUAAGAAAUACAGAGGGGCUGCAUUCUGUGCAGUAUUUAUUGGAUCUACACUCAUCCAGGCAAGGAGAGAGUGUAUCUUUACCUUUUGGACACAGUAAAGUCAAACCCAUGCACUGAAGUUAUUUCACAAUGUGUCUUAGACAGUGUCACUGGUUCCAUAUCAUGGCUUGUUUUCUGCAGUGUAAAAGAUCAGAACACUUCAAUAGAACAACCUGCUGCACUAUGCAAAAGAAAACCCAAUGGUCUCAGUUUUGUUCACAGCAUGACCACUCAUUCUCAAGUUCACUCUUAAUCUACUACAAAAAGUGUUGCACUUCAUAACUUUAAAGGUAAGCUCCUGCUUGAUUUAUUCCCACCAGAAUUACUGAUUUCACUCUGUCUUCUGUAUCUUGUUUCCAUGUCACUGUCUGCAUUGUGUUCCUUCAUAUCACCACCUGGACAAACCCCAUAUAAUACUGUCAUUGACGAACAACUCAGGUUUUGGGUACCUUUUGGCAAUACAAAUGCUUUGUACAGUGUAUAAGCUGCAAGUCAGAAGUGUGAUGGAAUACUCACUCCUUGCCUGGAUGAGUGCAACUCCAACAAAAACUCCUUAAGUUUUAAUUACCAGGAUAAAACCUGGAAGGCAGAUAGGAACCCCAUCCAUCACUCAAAACAAUGUUAUUUCAAAGCCACAAAUUCUUAUCAACCAAGGCUGAGGGCAGCAAGUGAAUUGGAACACAAACUCUGCAAAGUCCUUGCUAAGUUGCACAUCAUACUGAUUUGAAAGUCAAUAGUCCCUUAGUGCACAGGCUCUAAAUUGUGCAUCUUCAACAUUACUGUAGUAGCACCUUCUACCAGGACAGCAGAAGUUCAAGAAGACAGUUCAUCACCACUUUGAGGGCAAUAAGGGAUAGACAAUAAAUGCUGACCCUGCCACUGAAGCACAAUUACCCCAGUAAAAUAAAAUUCCAUUUAAGAAAGAAAUCCUAAGAUGGCUGCUUUUGCAAAUUGAUAUUUCUUUGGAUUUUGCUUUUAAGUGUUUUACUUAAGAAUUUUACUGACAUUUUUUGGAAUUAUAGCAUCCAGUUUCCUAAUUCUGGGCUGAAUGUGCAAGGAAUUUCCUCAGUUCUUCUGAUUGCUUGCUGGAAGAAAUCCUGGGUGCACUACAUUUGAGAUAUUGAUAAGGUUAAAAUAAAACUGAGUGGAAAAAUCCAGGAAUUGUUUUUACUUGGAGGAUAGGAAAUUGUCAUCAGUAAUUUUGAAUAUAUUUGAAGAGGCACAACUUGCUAUUAAUUUAGAGCAUUGUAGAACUUUAAUGAAUAUAGAAAUAUAAUGAAACCAUUUGAGUCAUUGCAUUUUUAUAUCACAUAUUGGCUAUCACUGUGAUGUUUGUUCCUUUUAACAAUUCUUGAAAUAAAGAUGAGAUUAACAAUUUUA